CGCGCGUCCAGUGGGCCGCUGACGGGCUUGAGCGCCUGUGCGGAGCGGGAGGUGGGGUGCGGACCGACUUGGGCUGCCGGGGCCGCGGAGCCAGGCGACGGAGAGGGCGGGGCCAACUCCGGGACCGCGGCGACAACACACCGAGCGAGCGCCUCGGCCCGUGGGCAGCGAUGCUGUGGUUCCAGGGCGCCAUUCCGGCCGCCAUCGCGUCGGCCAAGAGGAGCGGCGCAGUCUUCGUGGUGUUCGUGGCAGGUGAUGAUGAGCAGUCUACACAAAUGGCUGCAAGUUGGGAAGAUGAGAAAGUGACAGAAGCAUCUUCAAACAGUUUUGUUGCUAUUAAAAUCGAUACCAAAAGUGAAGCCUGCCUACAAUUUUCACAGAUCUAUCCUGUAGUGUGUGUUCCAUCCAGUUUUUUUAUUGGAGACAGUGGAAUUCCUUUGGAAGUAAUAGCAGGAAGUAUUUCUGCAGAUGAACUUGUUACCAGAAUCCACAAAGUCCGGCAGAUGCAUUCAUUAAAAGGUGAAGCAUCAUUGGCCAAUGGCAACCAAUCAGAAGGUUCAGUCUCUACUCCAUCUGCCUCAUUUGAACAUAACAAUACUUCUGAAAACUGUCAGUCCAGAAGUGUAGAGCUCUGUGAGACGCCAUCCUCUUCUGAUACAAAGUCAGAUUCUGCAACAGGAGGAGAAAGUUCAGGCCAGACCACUGUGUCUCAAGAGCCUAGUGGAUGUUCAAAUCAGAGACCUACUGAAGACCUCACCGUCAGAGUGGAAAGACUAACCAAAAAACUUGAAGAAAGGAGAGAAGAGAAAAGGAAAGAGGAAGAACAGAGGGAGAUUAAGAAGGAAAUUGAGAGGAGGAAAACUGGAAAAGAAAUGUUGGAUUAUAAAAGAAAGCAAGAAGAAGAAUUAACAAAAAGAAUGUUAGAGGAAAGAAAUAGAGAAAAGGCAGAAGAUAGGGCAGCUCGAGAGCGUAUAAAACAGCAGAUUGCUCUGGACCGUGCAGAGAGAGCUGCUCGGUUUGCAAAGACGAAGGAAGAGGUAGAAGCUGCUAAAGCUGCCGCCCUGCUGGCCAAACAGGCAGAGAUGGAAGUCAGGAGAGACACUUCCGCAAAAGAGAGAAGCACUGUUGCGAGAAUUCAGUUCCGUCUUCCAGAUGGUUCUUCCUUUACAAAUCAGUUCCCUUCUGAUGCUCCUCUAGAGGAAGCAAGGCAGUUUGCUGCACAGACUGUUGGCAACACUUACGGUAACUUUUCAUUAGCAACAAUGUUUCCCAGGAGGGAAUUUACCAAAGAAGAUUAUAAAAAGAAAUUAUUGGAUUUGGAACUUGCUCCAAGUGCUUCAGUGGUGCUGUUGCCAGCAGGAAGACCAACUACAUCCAUGGUACAUUCUUCCAGUGGAGACUUUUGGACAUUGUUGGGGACAGUGCUUUACCCAUUCCUUGCCAUCUGGAGACUGAUAAGCAACUUCUUAUUUAGUAAUCCUCCUCCUGCACAGACCUCAGUGAGAGCGGCAUCACUGGAAACCUCAAACCUUGCUUCGUCUAGCAACUCAGAAAAAAGGGAACCAGUCAGAAAAAGAGUGCUGGAGAAACGGGGGGAAGACUUUAAAAAGGAAGGCAAGAUAUAUAGAUUGAGGACUCAAGACGAUGGUGAAGAUGAAAACAACACUUGGAAUGGGAAUUCUACUCAACAGAUGUAGUGUGACAAGUACAAUAUGUGCAAAAAUCAUUGUUUCUCUUAUGAUUUAAUUGAGCUAAAAUUCUGCUGGAGAAGUGGGACUGCUUUAUGUGUUCCAACUCAUCUACAAAGUGUCUCUCUAUUCCUGCUUAGUGGGUUAAAGUUGUUUAACUCAGACAAGUUAAGAGAUCAGACAACUGGCUGCUAGGUCCUUGUAUAUGGUAAUCAACUGCUAGAAGCCUAAAAAAAAAGUCUGACAGCCUCCCUUUAUCAGCUUUCUUAUUCAGUAUUUCAUACGCCCAUUUUAGCCCUAUGCUCUGAGAUGAUACAUUUGUUUAGGGCUGUUUUGCUCAAAAUCCCUAAGCCAACACAAGGUAACUGUUAUGUCACUGAGUAAUCUGACUCUGAGUCAGAACAUUUUAACUAGCCAGCCAGGUGAUAAUUUGGGUUUAACUUUUCUUGCUCAUCAGCUGCAAGCAAAAUCUUGUAGUUUUUAAUCUUACUUAAACACUGAAUAAAAAAACUUUUCCAAAAAUCAGAAUGAUCUGAUCUUUGCUCUAAGUUUUGUUAUUCUAGCAUCUUUUUGUUGCACAGGGCUCUGUGGAGGUCAUGUGUCUCUGAAUCCCCCCACCCACCUGUACUGCCUGGAGCUAUCCCAGGAAAGGAGGGACCACUUUUAUCAUAAAUAUCACUGUAGGAAGAAAUCUUCUGACACACACUGAUGCUAUGUUAGUAUCUCUCCUAAGUCAGGGAGGCAGCAUUUUAUUUGCGUAACGUAGUGGCCUUUAUUCUCACUGGAUGUAAAACGACUGCUGGUCCACAGCUCCUUCUCACUUUUAUACUGGAGUUUGCUCUCAGUAAUGAUAGUCACUCUUCAAAGAAAUCACGAACCUGUACUGUUGGGCAUGAAGUAGGCAAUUAAGAUUUGCCUCUUGCUCAUUUGGUUAUUCUUAAGAAUUUUGGAUUCUUAAUCUGAUUUACAUGAUGUGAUAUGUUUAUGUUGGUGAAGAAACUAAGAAUGUCUGGAAAAGGGAGUAAUUUUGACUGUUGCUUUCUAACCUUUUGUGUUUAGAUUGGGAGAUACUUAACAUUGUAGAAGGGCUCUGACUUUAUUUUGUAAUGGGAGGAGGAAAUUUUCUCAGAGCAAAUUUUGUGUUUCACCUGUGAAGUAACAAUGCUAAUAGUGUUGGCAAGGAAACAGACCAGGUAUGUUGUUGGUAGGAGUGAAAACUAGGAUAAUCUCUCUGAAAAAACAUUAUCAGAAACCUUAAAAAUUUCAUGCUUUUUGAUCUAAAAAGUUUUUCUAAGGCAUGAUCAUAAAUACAGGCAAAAUUUAGGUAUAAACCUGUUAAGUUUUAUUUAUUUUACCUCAGAAACCAACUACAUGCCUUCUGCAGAAUUAACUUUUGCUAAGGAAAAAUGGGGCAAUACUAAUUCAGCAAUUUGAUUUAACAUAUUUAUUGACUAUUUGUUAUGUGUUUGGGGGAAAAGCAGGAUACAGAGCUGUAGAUACAGUAUGAUCUCAACUUUAUAAACACAUCAUAUAUAGUAUGUGUUAACAUAAAGAAAGAAAAACCAACAGCAGUAAGAGUGAUUUAUAUUAUGAUUUUAGUUCUUUUUGCAUCCUUAUAUGUCUUCUCAGUUUUCUAGAAUGAAAUUACUUUCAUAAUUUAAGGAAUGAGUUUGAAAUAGAUACAUCUCCAGCAAGCAUCUCAUUUAAGUAAAGGUUUGUCAUCUUGAAAAAUACAGCAAUAUGUGAAUAAAAAAACAAUUUUCCCUUGGAAAAAAAUCAAAUGCAGAUCUUAGAGAAACAUACAUAAAACAAUGAUUCACAAUCUUUGAGUACGAGGAUCCUUCCUCAAUUUAAUAUUUUUAAAAGUAUAAUGGUAAAUUCAAAACAGUAUGGAAGGCUAUAAAAUGACGUCUUCCUCUUGGCACCACACCCAGUUCUAGUCUCCAGAAGUAAUCUGUCUUAAGUUUCUCUUCUAGUCUUCAGAAAAUUUUUAUGUGUACAUAGGCAAGUAUGUAAUCUUUAUUUUUUAAAUAAAUGGGAUCAUAUUAUAUGUAUACUGCUCUGCAUCUUGCGUUUUAACAUACACGGUCUUGAAGAUCUUUCCCCAUUAGCCCAUAGCUACCUCAUUCUUACUAAUGGAUGCAAAGCAUUUUACUUGGUAGACUACCUGUUCUCUUAUUGCUUUCAUUGGUUAUUACAGUUUAUGUGCUUGUUUUGUUUUUCUAUUACAAACUUUGCUACAGUGAACAUCAUCUUUGGGAAGGUAUCAUCUUAGCUGUGGAAGUAUACCUGUAAGUCACUGAGUCAAAGGGUAUUUGCAGUUUGGAUUAUAAAAAAUGCUGCCAAAAAAAAAAAAAAAUGCUGCCAAAUUGCCUCCUCUAAAGGCUCUGUGAAUUUACAGCCCCGCUAACAGUUGGAGAAUGUGGAUACGCCCACAUCCUUGCCAACAGUGUAUUACAUUUUUUCAUCUUUAUCCACAUGAUAGAUGAAAAAUGGUAUGCAUUUUAUAUGCAUCAUGUUGAUUGUGAAUGAAAGUGAACAUCUUUUAAUAUUAUUGGUUAUUUUAUUUUCUGAGAACUGCCUGUGUUUUCUUUGCCAGUUUUCAUUUUGUGUUUAUCUUUUUCUUACUGAUUUACAACAAAUUUCAUGUAUAUUAAGAAAGUUAGCUGUUUGUCUAGCAUAUGCUAUAAAUAUUUUCUCCCUGUU